ACGUGUGGAUCUAGUAAAUUAUAAGCGUGAAUUGAAAGAUGAGACGAGAGAGAAGGGAAGCUCCGAUCCGUUGGUUCGUCUGGGCCAACAAAGAGGAUCGAAGAAAGAGCAGAGCUGGGGUUCGGCCAGCCUUCUAGGGUUCCUCCAAUCCAUCUCCAUGGCCGACGCCGAUGAGCUUGGCAGGAGGCUCGCCGCCGUCGCCGUCUCGGACUCCGACAACCUCUUCCAGGUGAUGCGCGCCGUGGAGGACGCCGAGGCCACCAUUCGGCAGCAGCUGGAGGAGAACAGCCGCCUCAAGGACGAGCUGAUGCUCAAGACGCGAGAGCUUGACAGAAUCAGGUCAGAGGCAGAGGCUCCCUUUGCUCAGGAUCGCGCCAUUUCGACCUCUCCCCAUGCCAUCUCUACUUGGACUCCCUCGUCACUCAAUUCCAGGGCCGCUCUACCUCAUCACCACAACAAUGGACUCUUCGACCCAAUGCUGCAGGACCAGUCUAUUCGGAAACUAUCUGGGGAGCAGAGUGCGCCUGACAGUGCUGUGCCGUCGCACCUCUCCACUCCGUCAUCUCGCUCCCUCUCGCCAACUAGGCAUCGCAAAGAAGGAGACUAUGAUUCUAAGUUCAAUUUAGCCGGACAGGCCUUAUUGCCUCUUUCAGAGACGAAUUCAAACAUCAUCUGGAAACAGGAUCUUCUUGCUAAGGUUAAAGAACAUGAAGAAGAGAUUGCACAGUUGAGAAGGCAUCUUACUGACUACUCAGUGAAGGAAGCACAAAUACUCAACGAGAAACAUGUUUUGGAAAAACGCAUUGCAUACAUGCGCAUGGCAUUUGAUCAGCAGCAACAAGAUUUGGUUGACGCUGCAUCAAAAGCUUUAUCCUACAGACAAGACAUUAUUGAAGAAAAUAUCCGUCUCACAUAUGCCUUACAGGCAGCGCAUCAGGAGAGAUCCACUUUUGUGUCUUCGUUAUUGCCUCUUUUGACAGAAUAUAACCUGCAACCUUCUGUUCUUGAUGCUCAAUCUAUUGUUAGCAGUCUGAAGGUUCUGUUUAAGCAUUUGCAAGAGAAACUUGCUAUUACUGAGGAGAAACUAAAAGAAUCACAAUACCAACUUACUCCUUGGCGAGCCGAAUCUUCAAACAGUACCAAUGUUCCUGUACAGUCACCUUCUCAUCCUCCUGGAAAUGCUUUGGUUACCACUAGCAAAGCCAACCUUGACAUUGUGGCCCAGCAAGCAUAUUCUCAUGUACAAUCUCCUAUGUCUUCCCCUGUUCGUGCUAGACGUGAUUGGGAUUUGCUGGGGAAUGAGAACCAUCAGACUAUCGCAAGUGAGGUCGCUGCAGUAAAUACAGAGCACGAUAAUAUUGGAAUCACCUCUCCCUCAAGCAGCAACCAAGUUAAGAAGGAUGUUGUAGCUCAAGCAACUGAACAUGAUUCUCGUGCUGUACGAUUUAAUUUUGAAUCGAAGAGUCAGAAUCCGUCAUUCAAGGACCUCGUCAGGAGUGACGCCCCAGAAAAUCUGGAGGGAACUGAAACCCAUAUUUCACAAGAACCUCCUGCGCAAUGGGGUCCUGAGGGCUCACCUAAUUUGGCAUCUGGUCUUGAUGAUGCAAAUCCACCAUACCCUUAUCUUCCUACUGUCCUUGAAGAGCCUAGUUCUUCUUUCUCUGAAGCUGCAGAUGAUGACCCACUACCAGCCAUAGAAGGGCUACGAAUCACUGGUGAAGCUUUUCCUGGAAGAGAACUUCAAGCAAGUGGGUACUCUAUCAAUGGGACGACAAGCUGUAAUUUUGAGUGGGUACGGCAUUUGGAGGAUGGAUCAGUAAAUUACAUAGAAGGUGCAAAGCAACCUUCAUACUUAGUUACUGCUGAUGAUGUGGAUUCUUUACUAGCCAUUGAAGUCCAGCCUCUAGAUGACCGGAAAAGAAAGGGGGAGAUCGUGAAGGUUUAUGCUAAUGAACAAAAAAAGAUUACUUGUGAUCCUGAAACAAAGGAGCUCAUCAAGAAAAUUCUUUCAACUGGGCAUGUAUCUUAUGAAGUUCUGCUGCCUGUUAGAUUUUUAGAUAUGUGGGAACCAGCUGUAUUGGCAAUAAAGAGGGAAGGUUACAGCAUUAAGUGCAAUGGCCAGCGUGGUGUUAUUAUUACAGAAAAAUUCCAGCAAGCCACUGCAAUCAGCAUUCCAUAUGGACGUCCUACUGAAUUUUCUAUACUGGCUGCUGAUGGUGCUGAGUACAAUCUCAAGCCUGCAGAGAAUGCACCAUCACGAGAUAUCAUUGUUCUAAUCUUGAGGCUGUUCAGAAUGAAGGCAGUUGAGAAGAGUAAAGGAAGAAGGAAGGGCAUAUUCUUCAAGUAGAUUGUUGGUGGCAGUUUGUAGUUCCAUUGUAUUUUCUUGUAGUAUUGUAUGUAGAGGAUUAGAGUUGGGGUUGCUGUUUGUAAAGGAUUCGUCAUUCGUUUCAUUGAUAGGCUCAAAUUUUGUUGUAAAGCGCAAGGAGAAGCAAACAACAGAAUACUGCAUCGGCAAUUUGGCAUGGCAAGUGAGGUUGAAUUUGUAUG